AUGCUUGCGGUGCUAAGACGACCCCCGCGGUCCAUUUUACUCACACAUCUCAAACCGAAAGCCCGCUUUGGUCCCUGCUUUGCUGUCAAAAGACAUGUGUCAACCGAGAUCCAACAGAAAGAUGAACAGGCGGGUGAAUCCAAUACCGCCACCGAUACCGGUGUCAUCCACAAAACAGAGGAAGAGACUCUUAUUUAUUUUGAUAACGUAUAUCCCAGGGCAACAUCACUUUGGAGCCCCACACAGUGGUAUAAUGUCCUACUCACGAACCAAUCUCGAGAUGCAGUACGCUCUAAGAUUCUAGAGUUUGCUAGCCCCAAAAAUAAUCCCAUCCACGGGCUGGAGCUAAGAUCUACAAUCCCGGUGAAGCGCGACGGUGGUGUCUUUGCGACAUUCCUGGUUCCCCAUCGGUAUUCAGUCGCCGAAGUAAAUUCCAUGAUACAGAAAAAUACAGCAGAGGAGUCCUCGCUUUCUUGGCUCUCUUUUAUUACUAGAGCCGCUGCGUUUCCGGUAAAGGGCUCUCCUUGGAUUGAGGACCUCCGCAGGUUGCCCAGUACCACAAUAAAAAUCAAAUUUGAAGGACAGACGCUGAUCGAAGAAGAAAUGUAUUCCCUUUUCAGACGUUAUGGUACAAUUGUGGAUAUAUUUCCUCCGAAGAACGGCGAAUCGACCGCCACUUUGCGCUAUAGAUCGUUUCGUGGUGCGAUAUGUGCCAAGAAUUGCGUAUCAGGCAUGGAAAUCCAUAACAGUGUUAUCCAUGUCCAAUAUGAGAGACUUGCCAAUGAGCACAUGUUUCGGGACUUCUUUUUGAAUCACACAAAGAUAGCUAUACCGUUGAUCAUUGCCAUUUUAUCAGUAACAGCAGUAUUAAUAUUCGAUCCCAUUCGUGAAUUUUCCAUUCAACAAAAGAUUACCCACCAGUUCUCCCUAUCGAAAGACAACUAUUUCAUUAAAGAAUUCUUCAAAUUGACCUCAUAUACUGUGUCGUCUUUCAGAAGUUUCAUGGGCACUGAAAAUGUGGGCACCAACAAGAAGCAACUGUGGGAGGAACGGAUCGAGAAAGUGAGUGAUCUCCGAAUGUGGCUUGAAGAAAACAACAAUACAUUUGUUAUUGUAAGGGGCCCACGAGGCUCUGGUAAGCACGAUCUCGUCGUGCAACACACAUUGCAUGAUAGACCUAACGUCCUGUAUUUAGACUGUGACAAAUUAACCAAAUCCAGGACAGACGCAAAGUUUUUAGUGAACGCUGCAGCAGAAAUUGGAUACUUUCCAAUUUUUCCAUGGGUAAAUUCUCUGACUAACCUUGUUGAUUUAGCCGUUCAAGGUUUGACAGGCCAGAAGACAGGCUUGUCUGAAAGCAAGGAAUUGCAAUUCAGGAAUAUGCUUACAACUGCUCUAAUGUCCGUUAGGCAAGUUGCUCUGAAGGGUUAUCGUCCUGUUAUCGGGAAUGGCGACAAUGCGAUCUCCAUGAAAGAAGAAGAUUAUUUACAGCAACAUCCCGAAAAGAAGCCUGUAAUCGUGAUCGAUCGUUUCAAUGACAAGGCUGAGAUGAAUGGUUUUGCAUUCAAAGAGUUGUCUGACUGGGCCGCAAUGCUUGUUCAGAUGAACAUUGCGCACGUUAUAUUUUUAACUGAAACGGUUUCUCCAAACCAACUGCUAGCAGACUCAUUGCCCAAUCAGGUAUUUAAAACGUUGGUGCUUUCGGAUGCUUCCAAGGAAUCUGCACGCUCUUAUGUCCUAGCGUCGCUAGAUCAUCCAGAUAUUACGAAUGACGAUGAAAGGCCUGUUCCGCCCGUGGAACUUUCAGAAGAGGCAAAAAAGGACAUUGAUUCUUGUUUAGAGCCUUUAGGUGGUAGAAUGCUGGAUUUACAAGCAUUUGCAAGGAGAGUGAAAUCAGGAGAGGACCCCAAAGAAGCCCUGGACAAGAUGGUGGAGCAAGCCUUAGAGCAAAUCACGCAAAUAUUUCUAGCUGAAAACGUCGAUCAGACCAAGAGUGCCCAAGCCUGGGAGCUUAUUGAAAUGCUAAGUAAAGAGCCUGUCGUUCAGUUCAAAAACAUCGUUUUCAAGCCUUUGUUCAAGUCAGCACCGGAAGCUGGCCUUCUGGAACUUGAAAAGAAUGGGUUGAUUACUGUUUCAAGAGAUCGUGGGGUUUUGAAGGACAUCAGACCAGCUAAACCACUGUACAGGGCUGCCUUUGAGUAUUUGUUACAGAACAGCGAGCUUUCGACGGUACUAGAAACUGGGUAUUUGCUUAAGGUGAUAAACUUUGAGACGAAGAGAAUCCAAAAAUGGGAGGAAGAACUGAAAUCUCUCGGAAAAGUGACUGACACGAAGAUGUUCAAAAGCAGACUUUCUUACCUAGCUGGCAAAAUCGAUGGUAGUAGUGACAGCAUUAACCAAUGUGAGGAAAGAAUCAAGACUUUAUCGAAGAUUUCCAAUUCAAAAUAG